GACCCCUGCUCUACUGCAGUGGUCCAGUCCACACCAUAAUGUUGCUCUCUGACCGUUAGAGGCCGCUACUAUGGAAACCGGAACCGGAAGUUUGCCCCGUCUCGUUGUUAGGCAGGUUGGUUGUCAGGGGGCAGCGCAUCAGCCAGUAUUAAGCUAGCUAACCUGCUAACACAGGGAUUAAGGGACUUUUAUUAAUGAUGACACAUUUAUUCAUAACAGAAAACGACUCUCGCCACACCUGCUUAUUAUUCCCUCAGAGCUGCCCUGUUUCUUUGUGUAAAAGCUGCAGAGACGAGGACGUUUAUCGAAACAACCAGGAGGGUUUUACAGUGUUGUUUUUAUCCCGUAGCCAGCAAGCUAAUGACAUCAAAACAGUAGCAGCAGUAACAUUACCCUGUAAGUAGAUAUCUCCAGGUUUCCAUUGCGCUCGAUGGAAAUGGAAGACUUCCAGGAGGAUUUAAUGGAGCAGGAAGAAUACGACGAGGAGACCGAUGAACCACCUUCGUCCCUCAACAAGAAAGCCCCUUUUCGCUCCACUCGACUGCACAUCCAGAGGAGUAAUGUCUGCUCUCGGGCUUAUUUCGUGGUGGUCAUGGUCUUCUUCCAUGUGUACAUCCUGAAUGUGAUCGGUCUGCUGCUGUAUGUGCACUACAACAACGGCCCCGGGGAUCUUGUCAAUGUGGACGGGACCACAUCAGCAUCAGGAUCAGUCAGUGAAGGCGGACCCCCUUUACCCCAUCCGGACCCAGCUGCAAGAGAGAUCCACGUGGAGGACUAUAGUCAGAGUUUGAGUCUUCCUCGCAUUGAGGGGAUACGGGUUGGUCAUGUUCAGCAGGUGUUCCUGGUGCCAGACAGAACACAUGAGAUGAGGACGAUCAGCAUGAAACCUCUGCUAUUUGAGAUUCCUGGCUUCCUGUCAGAGGAGGAGUGCCGCGUGGUGGUGCAGCUGGCGCAGCUCAAGGGUCUGAUGGAGAGCCGGACGACAGCACCCAGCCAGGCACAAGAGGAGUCAAACCAGCCACUGCUUUCUAUCAGCACAGAGGAGGUCUUCAGUCUGUUGGACCUAAACCAGGAUGGGCUGCUGCAGAAGCAGGAGAUUGUGAGUCACUCGCGCUCUCGAGAUGGAACUUGGCUGAACCCAGACAACUUACGGCACAUACUCGCUGGCCUGGAAGCCUGCCCAACAGGGAUGCUGACUUUGGAGGACUUCAGGCGUGUCUAUGAUGUGUCCCAGCGCCCAGGAAAAGAGCGAAGCGGGAAGCUCCGGAGUCAGUUCAAACAGAGAAACAAACAUACGUGGCUUCACCAAAGCCAAGGAUCCCACCAUGUACUGCAGACACUCAGGAACAGACUGAUCAGUCUGACACGUCUGCCUUCCAUGUUGGUUGAACUGAGCGAGCCGCUGCAGGUGAUUCGCUAUGAGCACGGAGACUUCAGUAAUGCCCACCAUGACAGCAGCCCUUCUCAUUCAGAGACAACCUGUUUGCACACGCGACUGGCGGGAAACACAUCUGCUCUCACAGAGGUCUCCUGCAGGUACCUUACCAUGUUAUUCUACCUCAGCUCUGUAGAGGAAGGUGGUGAGACCACGUUUCCUGUGGCAGACAACCGUACCUAUGAAGAGCAGGCGCUGUUACAGGAUGGAGUCGAUUUGACAGACACCCAGGAGACGUGUGGCAGAGGGAACAUGAGAAUAAAACCCACUGCUGGGACAGCUCUCCUCUGGUACAACCAUCUCUCCGAUGGUAGAGGUUGGAUGGGUGAGCUGGAUGAGUAUUCCCUGCACGGCGACUGCCCUGUCCGGCGUGGGGUGAAGUGGAUGGCUAACUGCUGGGUAAAUGUGGACCCGGAUCACCAGCAGCAGGCCCGCUACCAGAGACUAGUUAGUCAAAGGCAUCAAGCUAAGUCGGGCACAGAGGAGCAUUAUCAACCUCUCUCACACAGUGACCUCCACCAGGAUCUAUAGCCGGGCAUUCUCACUGACAACUCAAAGCGAUCAUCAUUUUAAAACUGAGUCAGUUUUGCGUCUAUGAAGCCAGUGAGGCCUGGCAGACCUCUUCAUAAUGUCAGAUGCUGUAAAUGAAAAUUGCACAAAAAAGCAUCCCAGAUAUCUUCUCUGCCAGUAAAUCUGUCUUUAUAUAAUGUCUUUCAAGCCACUGCUUGGAUUUCCACAUUCCAAGUUUGGUGAACUUCAAUAUAGAUUUUGAUAUAGGAUUGUGGCGGGCAGAAUACAUGGUUUCCUCCCAAAUCAUUUAAUUUAAAUAAUAAAUACAUAUGAAUUAAACAUUUAAAAAAUUCACUGCCAUCCUCUAUUAAAUUAUGCCUUUAAAUAAAAUGUCACUUAUUCAGAAUAUUGGAUAUGCAGUUUAUGAAUACCGUGAUGUGAGCUGACAAAGUUGCAGUCUUGUCUAAGAGAUAAGCCUGCCUUCCAUUCAGGUUUACCAGGCAGCUGCCCACCGUUGCAGGUCACUGUUAUUUAUUGAUAUAGAAGUAAAGCCUUUUGUUAUAAGCCAUAUCAAAAUAUACAUCUGUGAAUGUGUUCCUGAGGGAAAUCUUUAUGUGAUAAUUUAUGUCUUCCGUUUCCAGAGUUGAUGAGCUUUUCUCAUGAAAUGUUAUUUAUUAAUGAGUGUUCGCCACAUCUACUGCAAAUGCUGAACUGUUCUUGACUGGACAAAAUGAUUUGCUGGCCGUGGGAGGCCAGUCCUUCAGGUCAGGUGUCACUCAAACUAAGGUCUUUGAUAUUUCAACUUUCUUAUCCUCACAACUCAAAAAUAUUUAUUUAUCUGAGAGUAUUUAUUUGAAUGUUAUUUAUUACGUUAUAUAUUAAGUUAAAGGAAUGCAUAUUUAUUACAGCUUGAUGUUGCACUGAAUCUGUCACUGUAUUUUAUUGUAUUUAUUCUAUGUUGUGAAACACAUAAAGCAAUGUUUUACUACUACUA